CGGCUCUAAGCUCCCCCUCUACAUCUGCCCUGGCGCAUGUACUUGCGUAAUUGGUCGCUGCAACCAUAAUGGCCGACACCGAUGAAGCAGCGAUCCACAUGCCGUCGCAGGAUGCGUCGGCGCAUAUCGAAGUGGACCUGUCCGACGAGACGCAGGACUUUCGCAUGCUGAGCAAUAUCUCCUUUCUAACAGAUGGCACUCAAGCGAGCAUCCCCAAGCGCGGUGAGAAGGACUUUGAACCGAACCCGACGCUGUACCAGGCCGACAUCCUCUCCGCCUCCCGCCAGGCGAUGCACAACGCCCUCUCCUACCCCCGCAUCCACCACCCAAAGAAUCAAAUCAUCGGCGUCUACGCCCCCAAUGGGCCGGCGCCUCCGGCCCAGCAUACCUCGAAUCUCGAAUCGAUAGCGGAGGGGUCUCCUCAGCCUGACGCCGAAGUACCGAGCUCGACGGCGGCGACCACGACGACGACGGUAGGAAACGUCCAUCCCGACGCCUGCGUAUACAUCGCAAACCCCAAGUCCAAUCUUUUCAAGACCAUCGGCCAGGCGGACCGGUGGAAUCGGAUCUGGCUCCUUCCGGAGGAGGCGUUGUUUAUGCUGGAGAGAGGGAGUCUGAAUAUCCAUUGGCCGCGUUCGGAGGUUGGGUAUGAGGAGGAUGAGGAGGCGGUUGCGGAUGAGAGCAAUAUCGAGGACUCGGGGAUUCCGAUGAGCUUGCAGGCUGCCUAUGCGGCCUUUGCGUCGAGAGGCGGGCUGAGUAGCGAGCGGUUCUCGGUGUACACCGGGUUGAGACGGUUGGGCUACACGAUCACGCGGGCUCCGGGCUGGAACGAUGAUGGAGAGGAUGCGACAGGCAUCGAGGACUCGGGGUUGGAGGAUGUAAGGAAGCAAGGUGCUGGAUUAGCCGGGAUCUAUUCGAGGUUCAUGAAGUGGCUGUGCCCGCCGAGUACCAACACAGCGUUGGGCCCCGUUGCGGGAGUCGGAUUCCACCGCAGCUACGAUGAUAUCUACAACAAACUCUCGAUCAUCCCCUGGUACGACCCGACGGCUGCUCCUCAAGCGGCCCGAUCCCCCGCGCAAGCGCCCUACCGAGUCGUCUUCCAUGUGUAUAAACCAUCCACCCCGUUCAAGAAGUCUGCGCCGCCGCCGCCGGACUUCCGGAUCGCUGUGGUCAACGCGCGUACCCACACCUCCGUCCCGACUCUGUCCCAGUUGGGGGCUCUGCUCGAAAGCACACCCCUGGAUCCCCCGACGAGCGAGAAGAUGAGCCGGCAGCUGUACAUGCGGCUGCGCCACGGAUACCGGAACGUGGUUCUCGCUGUGGUGGAUGAAGGUGUCGUGAGUUAUCUACGGAUCUCGGAGGCGGCCUUCGGCAAGGAGAAGCUCUACAAGCAGAAGGCGUUGGCGAACAAGACGCAGUACCGGCCGAAGCCGAAGCCGAAGCCGAAAGGGCGAUGAGCGCGGCACGGGUGUAAGGUGAUUCGAAUGACGCUUAUCGCGGCCGACUAGCUACCGGCAUAUGUCUCCCCUCGUAUGAGUGAUACUCUGGAGAAAGCCCUGCGAUCCACAAUGGAAGGAUGAGGGCUGAAUAGAGGGGAUAGAAGAUUGAAUCUGCCAUCAUCUUUAGGGCAUCCGUCUAUAGGUGUGGGAAGAGCGGAUGCAGAUGCUCAGAUGGCUUGGCCGGUGGCUCACGGGGAGUUGUUGGAAUGGGCGAAGGACAGAGUGGGAUGUGAAUGGCACCGAAUAUGCCCGUGGAGAUGCCUUGGUAUAUCUAAAUUGCCCUCAAAAACGCCACUCUAUUGUAUCCGUCAAUCCAGCAGAAACAUAAACCCGACUCCAACAUAGGUACAAAUAAGAUCAAAAAGUCUGGGUCGU